AUGGGCUUUGCAUUUGGCAGGUUCGCCGAUCCUUGGUUGAUGACGCUGUUUGGUCAGAAUUUCAACUCCAGACUCCACGCCCACGAGUUGUGUCUGGGUGGUGGGUGGCGCGGAAGUCUCGGCCUACUGCGCCUCGUGAUCAUUUCUUUCUGGGAACGAAUAGAAAAACGCAGGAAAUCCUGUACGGGAUGGGCUGAUGUCUGGCGAAGUAGUGAUGAAAUCGGUGCCAGCCACAAAGCUUGGAUUUCGCCCCCGGCCGUUAACCGACCGGCCGGACUGCGACACGCACAAUCUCUGUUUAGGCUAAUGGGAGAGAAUGUUAAAGAUUUUGAUGUUGAUCUCGGUAGCGGAAUCCAUCUCGCUUUGGAUUUCUUGUUGCGGAAUCCCAAGGAUGCCGAUUAA